CAACGAAGCUUCCGACUACAACACAUGGUCGGAGCUUUUUCGGCUCCAUUGCACGGCAUACCUUGUGGCCGACCAUCUUGCACCCCGCCCCAAACCCGCUGCCACCUCCUCCACUGGUUCCCCCUCCUGCCGACUCGUGGGAACGACUUGACGCCAUCGUUCUCCAAUGGAUCUAUGGCACGAUCUCUACCGGCCUUAUAGAAACCGUGAUAAAAAAGAAUACCACCGCUUAUGAUGCUUGGAAAUCCAUCGAGAACCUUUUUCAAGACAAUAAAGCGACACGAGCCCUCCUUCUCAAACAAAAAUUCGCUAACACCCGGCUUGAAAAUUACUCCUCCAUGCAUGAAUAUUGCCAAGAACUUAAGGUUUUGGCUGAUCAGUUGUCAAAUGUUGAUGCCCCGGUUGACGAACAAGAUCUCGUCUUACAAACCAUCGCCGGCCUCACCGAACAAUACGAAACCGUUGGCACCAUCAUCCAAAACACCAAGCCUCUGCCCUCAUUCAUUCAGGUCCGUUCACAACUAUGUAUGAAUGAAACCACAAAAGCCAACCAAGCAAUCCACUCCUCUCAACAAGCCGCAACAGCCCUUCAUGUCCAAAGCCAACCUUCUUCUCAACCCAACUACACCGCCCCACAACAACACUCAUCAAACUCCACUCGUGGCCGUGGGCGAUCUCGUGGUCGCGGUAGAGGCCGAACUUCACCUCACUCAAAUCGCUCCAGGGGACAACCCAAUCACCCGGCCCAAUCCCAACAUCCCUACAUUAUUUUUCCUAACAACUGGGCCACUAACCAAUGGGCCUCCCUUCUAAACAAUCCCUACAGCCCACAACCAAAUCACACACCUCCCUGCCCUUACCCAUCUACCCCUCGGCCCAAUAAUUCACAAGGGAUUUUGGGCCCUAGCCCUGCACAGGCCCACAUGGCAACGUACAGCCCAACACCCACCGACAUUGCUCAGGCUCUCUACACCUUAUCUAUGAGUCAACCUUCUGAUACUAUCGGCUACAUGGGCACUGGCGCUACUGGCCACAUGGAACAACCCGGAUCUCAAGACCAAGGAACCUAUCCUACGAUGCAAAAGCUCGGGAGAUCUCUACCCCCUCACCACCAACUUUAUCAAGCAUCCCACCAAACCCACUGCAUUAGUUGGCAUUACUCAAGACCGUUGGCAUCAACGACUUGGGCACCCGGGCGACUCUUUAUUGCAUUCGUUAAAGUCUAGUUCUUCAAUUACUUUUAGUAAACCAAACAAUACACUCUGUCAAUCGUGUGUUUUCGGCAAAAGUGUUAAACUUCCAUUCUAUGAUUCUAUGAAUAAAACUCACUCACCUUUUGACAUCAUUCAU